AUGUUAGUGAACGCGUCGCAAAACUUGUCACGUCUUGGCGUGUCCGUCAUGCGCCCCGUGCUAGGUAUUCUGAUAGCGCACAGUGUGCCCCUCAAGGUGUGGAUCAUCGCGAGCGCGUCCUGCUUCGCGGUGUGCGCGGCGCUGGUGCUGGCCACCGUCGUCAUCACCAAGUGGGGCACGACGGAGAGCUUCGGGGAACAUUAUUAUGAGGCGCAGCCUGAACCAGUCUACUCCCACCCACAGCCAGUCUACCACAACCUGGCGAGGAUACAGAAACAAACGACAACCGUCACGCCGACUGAAGCCAAAGUUAUCGAUGACGACGAUGAUAUAGACAUCAAAUCUGAAGAGCUAGCAAUGCCAGAAGACAUACAGUUCCCAAUCUUUGAAAAGCUAUCCAUUUUCAAAAACAUAGUAGCCAAUCGGGAUAAGAAGAAAGCUGAGGUGCCAAAGCUGAAGCCAGAUACUCUUAUCGAUAAACAACAGAUACAUCCGAUGCACGAUAUAUCUUUGCAUCACCCAGAAAGAAAGAUACAAAAGAAAGACCAAGCGAAACACCCAGAAAUGGAGAACGGAGUUCCAGAUUUCAAACCAACUCUACCAGAUAUCUUCAUCAACAAAAACCUACAAAUCAAACUCCCUGAGGAAUUCGGUGCCGGUUUCCGCAAAUAUUCUGAAUACGACAAUGACUAUUUUUACAAUGACGAGAAUCUUUACGACGAUUACAUGCAAAGCAACACUAUGACCAGUUACUUGAUUGAAAAGGUCCAAGAAUUGCAUGAUUGGAUCACGACGGACUCUGAUUUUGAUGCUGCUAGCAGUAAAAAUGUUUCGGCUAAGCAAAAAAAGAGGACCGGUAAUGAAUUUACACAAGUCUUGAGGGCUUUAAACGAGAGUCUCGUUGAAGGGAAUGUGACUAUUGUAAUGAAUAAACUUAAGGAUAUUUACUUUGGGGAGAACUACACGAAUCCGAAUCAUACUAGGAAGGUGAUUUUGAGCAAUAGUACGGAUCUGCUGUCGUUCGGGAUACUCUCACUGGAUGUGAUGCUGCUGCAUAAUAUUCAGCUGAUGGCGUGGGAGAAUCAGGAGACAGCCCGCAACAAGAUGCUGAAAGACCCGGACGUGUUCGCGUUCAACGCGCUGUUCCUGGAGCCGGCGCGGGUGGAGGCGUGGUACAACGAGGUCAUAGGGUACCGGGAGAAGACUGCUAGUAGCCCAAAACGCCAAAUGCUAAGACAAGAAGACGAGUUUGAUAUCGGCAAGAAUUUGCUGGAGAACGUCCUGGAAAUGGGCAUGAGUACCGCGCGCGCUGCCAUACACCUUGGCAGGGCUUACAAGAACACCAAGAUGGUCCUAAACCAGAUUUCCAACCAGAAGAACUUAAACGCCAACAUACAGAGCUUAUCCCGAAACAUUGACGGCAACACUCAUGCGCUCAACCACCUCCAGACUUCAUACAACAAGAACGACAGUUCCCCCAGUGUUGCCAGCCCAGCGGGCGUCUUGUAUACCGAGUUGGACUGUGUUUGGUUGCUGUACUGCAAGAAUUUGGCGGCGACAGCCAAGUUGAAUGCGCCGUACGGUGUUAUGGCUAGGAUAAAUGGGAUGGCGCUGCGGAUGCUGACCGGCGAGCUGUCAGCGGACAAGGCGCUGGACACCAUGCUGUACGAGGCGCUGACGGGCUGGACCGAGCUCCGGUGUCCUGACAUGUUUCCGAGAUGCAGUAAGGUGAACCCAGCGAAGGUAGUCAUGGAAUCUAUUCUUCAGCCUCUGAAGAAAUCUCAACCGUCUAAUAAACCAAGCUAAUAUCCACAAAGUACUUUGAAAAAGACUGCUUUUAAAAACCUACCAAAUGGUAGAAAAAUAUUUUACACUUACAAUACUUGGAUAAAUUUAAAAUAUAGAAUGUCAAACGUAACGUACCGUAACUCACGUAGAUCAAGAAACAAUAAGAAAAUUACGGGCAUUCCAUGAGUGAGGGUAGAGUAAUGGCGUAGGUACUUAUUUAUUACCAGUAAAUGCCAGACAACAUUACAUAGUUGAUUCGCCAGUUCCAUAUUGUUUGUUGAUCUACGUACUUUAUAGUCGGCCCUAAACUUACUACAAGUAGCAAGUGUGGCAUAAGAACAACUUUUUAAUAUUAUAUUUUAUGAGUAGGUAUACCAAUGUUACAUAGUUACUUAGUACAGUAAUUUUACUCAGUUAAAUGUAUACUAAAUGAAUACAUUUACAUAGCGUUAAAGAUGAAACUAAACCUAUUUUGUUACUUUUAAGUUUUAAAAUGUUACAAUAGGUUAGUCUGCUGGUUUCAAUAUCUUAGCCACGAUAAAAUAUCGAAACCGGCCACCGGUCUUUGACAUUGGCUCGUAAUUUAAUGCUUAGUACCUAGAUAGAACUACCAGAUUGUAACCUAUACAAUAAUAUUAUAUGAUGCUAGAAAUUGUGGAGUUACCACCAGCGUACCACCAUUAGCAUUUUAACAUUCCUAAACGGGCGUCGACUGUAGCACUGGAGCGCCUAUAACGGUAGAAAGUUAUUUAACUCUGGCAACUUUUAAAUAAUUUCCCGCGCAAAUAUAGAAAGAACAUGAAUUACAUGAAGAAAAGUGGAGUUACUUAAAAAAGUAGGUAAAUACGAGCCAAUUUGUCAGACACCAAUAUUUUUUAAGUUUGAAAUACUUUAAUGAAUCUGUAGGAUUUGUUAUAGUGAGUACUUAGGUAUACCAAUAAUAAUUAUUAUUUACCAGUGUGAAGAAUUGGUAUUUUUGUAGGUACCUAGACUGAUAAUACUAAUAUAAUUUUCGUAAUAAAAUGAUAUUACUCAAAAUA